UGAUUGGCGGGAACGCCCAGGCGACGCCCCUACAAAAAGCGCCUGAUUGGCCGGAUUGUACAAAUAUGUUUCAGGGCGCCAGAAUAGAAGCUUUAGCGCCUAGUGGAAUCUUCAGGGCAAGAGGGAAGUGGCCAGUGCAGGCACGUCGCAGGCGGGGUGGAGGCAAAAGUGGCAGCAGGAACGAGCAGUUGGAGUGCAGGCUUCCUCUUUCCCCUCGAGUAACCCCAAUGCGCCUCAGACGUGGCUGCUGCCUCUGCUACUUUAUAGGGCUUGGAGGCGCUGAAGUAAAGUAAGCUGGAAAGAGAGCGCGUGAGAGAGUCGGGGAAAAGAUGGAGGUAAAUUGCUUAACACUAAAAGACCUGAUUAUCCCAAGACAAACAAGGACAGAUUUUACAGAUGAGGAUGGGGAAAGUGCACAAAAGGAAAACAUAUUUGAUCGACCUAAAAUGACCCCAAAGACUCCCAUGAAAAAUGAGCCUAUUGAUUUGUCCAAGCAAAAAAGCUGUACCCCAGAGAGAAGUCCAAUUACACCUGUAAAGUUGAGUGAUAGGCCCCUGACAGAUCCGUGGACCCCCACAGCAAACCUGAAGAUGCUCAUUAGUGCUGCUAGCCCUGAUAUGAGGGACAGGGAAAAGAAGAAAGAGCUCUUCAGACCAAUUGAAAACAAUGAAUGUAAUGAUGCUUUUCCUGAUUCCUUGCAGUCUGACAUGGUAGAUGAUGGAACAACAGAUGAAUAUGAAAAACAGAGACCCAGCAGGAAACAGAAAAGCUUAGGGCUCCUGUGUCAAAAGUUUUUAGCUCGCUAUCCCAGUUACCCUCUAUCAACAGAAAAAACAACAAUUUCUUUGGAUGAAGUGGCUUCUAGUCUUGGCGUAGAACGCAGGCGGAUUUAUGACAUAGUGAAUGUUCUGGAAUCCCUUCAUCUUGUUAGCCGAGUGGCUAAGAAUCAGUACUGUUGGCAUGGCCGACAAAGCCUGAGUCAGACUCUGAAAAACCUCCAGGAAAUAGGAGAGCUACAAAAAUAUGAAGAACUGAUGGCUUACUUCCAGCAUAAAGAGUUAGUCCUUGAAUGUAGAUUUGGAGAACAAAAAAAGGAGACCUUCAUAGAUUUCCAAGACAGACAGUUGCUCGACUUCUCAGAGACAGAUUGUCCGUCUGCGUCUGCAAACAGCAGAAAGGACAAGUCGUUGAGAAUUAUGAGCCAAAAAUUUGUCAUGCUGUUCCUCGUGUCCAAGACCAAGAUAGUCACUCUCGACAUAGCAGCAAAAAUACUGAUAGAAGAAAGUCAGGAUACAGCAGAUCACAGCAAAUUUAAAACGAAAGUACGCAGACUCUAUGAUAUUGCCAAUGUCCUAACAAGCCUGAGUCUCAUAAAGAAAGUGCAUGUAACAGAAGAAAGAGGCCGUAAACCAGCCUUCAAAUGGAUUGGGCCUGUGGAAUUCGCUGGAGACAAGGGUGAUUUGAAGAUGGACAUUUCAGCCUGCACUGCUUUGACAAAAGUGAAAGGGGCUGGGCGUGUUCCACACCAAGCUUCUACAAAUAGAAAAGACCGGCUAUCACGGCAUGCUUCUUUCAACAUGGCUCAAUCUCCCGAAAUGGUCAAGAGGAAGGUCAGCUCUGAGCCGAGCAGCCCAUGCAAAGGGAGGCAAGAUGACUUCCACUCCAAAAUGAUAAAUUUAGCAUCUGCUUGCUGCCAAAAGAUGGAAGAUGACACAAGUAAAGGUUUUGUUACAGAAGCAGCAAGAAACCUGGGCAUAAUUUGUCCCUUCUCUAUUCUUCCUAUUGCUGGAGACUCCGACUGUUGUCUUAACACCUUCCCUCUCCUUGCCUCAAAUGCCAAGUCAGGUAUGUCACACCUGUCUCUACCAAGUGACCAAGUUCUGCCAGCAUCUGGUCCUUCGGCUUCCAAAAUUGAGACUGGGAAAACUUGCUCCCAGAACCGAGACUGGGAAAAGUUGGGACUGCUUCCCAAUCAUCCUUUGGUUUGCUUGCCGCCUCCAUCUCUGUAUAUGCUGUGUGGUAGUCUUCAUGAAAGUCUCUCAAGGGAAAGCCUUCCAACUACAGAAGAAAAAGGAAAUGGAGGUCUCAAAGGCCAAGCUUCACCUCACCUUCCAGAAGCUGUUGAAUGUUCUGUUAGCUGCCGGAAGCGGAGUUCCCAGAAAUCUGUGCUUCCCACUGCAGCUCCAGCAGAUGAGGAGCCUACUUCUAAAAGGCAAAGCAUGGAGCAGGGUGAUGGUCCCAUUUCACUGGUGUUAUCUAAGAAGUCUAUUAAGACAGAUGCAGAAUCUUCCUCAGAAAGUAACUUCAGUUCCACUGACCAAUUAAAAGAUUUUCAGCCCGAAUCAGGGACUCCUGUUGUGGAAGAUGUAAUGAGAGACACCGCUAAAUCCUUGGAAACUCGAGAGCAAGAUAAGCCGUACCAGAGUAAAGACCUCAAAGAGAACUCUAAGGAAAAUGAAAAGGGCACUCAAGAAAACGGCAAGCAGUCCUUCCUACCACAGUAUCUCUAUGUACAACCUACAACUGGAUUAAAUGGUUUUAAUUUCCUGCUGCCUGCCAACCAAGCUCCUGGUCCUGUCAGCCUACCUUCAACCCACUUGCCUUCACUUAAUGUUCCCUGUAUGAUGGUUCCAUCUACAGCGCUGGCACCUUUCCCUCUUAUCUAUUCCCCAGCAGUCACAAGUCAGCUUUCUUCUACUCCUGCUGGCUCCUUUCCAAACGUCACAUGCAUGAAUUUCAGUAUGCCUGGCCUGACAUCUACAACACCUGUUUUCAUUGGGACCCCAGCAGUAGUUACUCCAAAUUCAUCACAGCUGUCAACACUGGAACCACACCAGCAGAUUCAUUCAGCUGUGCACCUGAGCCCUGUGCUGGGCUCUGCUUGCAGCUCUGUUAAAACAGACUCGCCAGUUUGCAUGGGGCACCCAGUCACCCUUCUGAAACUGCAGCAGCCUUCUUCAACGCCCCUGACUCCUAAGAGCAUUCGUCCUACACACCAAGAAGCAUUUUUCAAGACACCCUGCAGCCUUGAAGAUCCUGUUGCAUGGAGAAAAAAUGAAGGGAACCAGAGCAGAACUGCAAGUUCUGUUCAAAGAAGAUUAGAAAUCUCCAGCAGCAGUUCUGACUAAGCCAGCUCACUGCAGAGGUGCAGGCAGCCUAGAAUAGAGCCUCUCCGUUGCCCACUGUGCAUAUUUUCUCUGUAUUGGUUAACUUUUUCCCUUGUGAAUCAUCCCAGUGAUGUAAAUAUGAAUAUCAAUUAGAAUUUAAAUUAUGUGCAUGUUCAUCAAAGGGGGUAUGAAAUUCUGCUUUUGGCUUUUAAGGAAAGAAAUUAUAUUGUAUUUGUGAUGGGAUAUGUGAAGAGGUUUGCCCGAAUUUGUUCCCAAGUCCAAAAAUAGGAAUGUGGCAAGCACUUAUAUAGGGGUAACACUUUUUACAGAUAUUGAUGCAGGGUGGAUAAAGUAUGUGAGGUGGAUAAGUAGAGGGGACCUCUAAAGUAAGUAGUGUAGCAGCUGCUUCUUUGGUAGAGCAUUGGAGUACAAUUUAGUAGAAAUGUGUUGUAACUUCAGAGCAGCAGACUUUUGCAGAGUACUUGAAUCUGAUUGACUAAUGUACAGUUAUCCCUGCACUUCUUAAGCAAAAGUCUAAUAACUUACAGUAUAAAUGAAUGUAUUCAUGUGACAAACUUAAGACCAAAAUAACUGUGAAAUGUUACUUUUUCCAUAGAGUUUUGUAUUAGUGAACUUUGUAGCUUCUCUAUUGUGUCCUUGUUUCUAUGUGCAACAUACAAGUUAACUAUCAAUUGGCACAACUUGUCCCUGAAAUGUGUGCUAAGCAAUUCAUCCCUAGUCUAAAUACAUGGGCUACAGCCCUGUGUAUUUUAUUACUGAACCCGACUCAUAAGAACACAACAGCCCUGCUGGCUCAGGCCCAAAGCCUAUCUAGUCCAGCAUCCUGUUUCACACAGUGACUCCAUUUAUGGCACCACCACACUGCUAUUCUUCCAUAGGCUCCACAAAGACAACUCUUGCAAGAAAUGAUUACCAGUCUGACAUGCCCACAAUAAGGACUUGUAUGAGUUAUAUUAACUGUGGUGUCCAGUUUUCAUUGGAAUAACACUGCACAAAGUGUUUAUGGUAUGAGUGGUGGCUAUGGUCAAAAGGAAUAUGUGAGGGUAAGAAACAGGACUUGUAGCCAAGAACAAAAAUGGCAAAAUUACUGUGUGCAGUUUUUGUCACCAUAUCUUAAGAAGGACAUUGCAGAACUGAAAAGGUGCAAAAGAGGACAACCAAGAUGAUCGGGGGCCUGGAGCACCUUGCUUAUGAAGGAAGGUACACCACUUGGUGCUUUUUAGUUUAGAAAAAAGACUUGAGAGGAGAUAUGAUAAAGGUAUAUAAAAGCAUGCAUGGUGUAGAGAAAGUUGAUAGAAAUGUUUCUCUUAACACGAACCAGGGGUCACGCAUGAAACUGCCAAGAAAUUUAGGACUGACAAAAGCAAGUACUUUUUCACACAAUGUAUUAUCAACCUACAGAAUUCACUGCCACAAGAUGUGGUGACAGCCAACAGCCUGGGUGGCUUUAAGAGGUGUUCAGAUAAAUUCAUGGAGGACAGGUCUAUCAAUGGCUACUAGUCUGAGGGUUAUAGGCCACCUCCGGCCUCAGAGGCAAAAUGCCUCUAAAUACCAGUUGCAGGAGAGUAGCAGUAGGAGAGAGGGCAUGUCCUCAGCUCUUGCCUGUGGGCUUCCUAGAGGCAUCUGGUGGGCCACUGUGUGAAACAGGAUGCUGGACUAGAUGGGCCUUGGGCCUGAUCCAGCAGGGCUUUCCUUAAGUUCCUAUGUAAUAAUAAUUUUAAAAAAAUUAAUGGGUGGACCACCCUUUUCUUCUCUUGGUAGGAAGGAAGGCAAAUUGGAACAUGCAUUUUAAUUCAGAGUCCCCAGACCUUGAGAGCAAUGUAUAUUUUACAAAUUAACUGGGUCAUUCCGAAUCCAGGUUUACUCCACCAAUGGAAUAGAUUGAAAUGGCAUUUGUUGGUUUUUAAAAACUCAAUCAUGUUAUUUCUGUUUCUAAAAUCAAGAGAAUGGAUAGUGGUACUGGUUCAUUUUUGUUUUAACCAAGGGAUGACUUUGCACUCAUUGGUGUGUGUUUCUUUCUCAAGGUCUGACCUGUAAUUUGACCAUUUGGCAUGGUGGGGGAUGAGAUGAUGGUUUUAGUGUGAAAAUUAUUUGUUUUGUUUGGAAUAACUAUAUGUGUUACUAAAAGGAAAUUUAAGUAUGAAUAAUAAUUUUAGAAGAGUUGCAAAGUAAAUUGGGAAUGUCUUUGUUAGAUGUAGACCAAUAACAACCUUACAAGGAGGAUGACAAGACUUAAGUGUCUUAAACCUCAGCAGUAAAAUCAGAGUAGGAGCCUUAAAACAUACCUGAUUAGUUACAUUUCCUAAAUGUUUUUACACUACAGAAUUUGCUUGUUUGUGACUUCUACCUGAAAUGUGUUUUAUACACCAACAUUCAAGUUUUCCCAAGUGAAAUUAAAUCUUUUGUUAGCAACACACCUGUUGCCAAGCAUAAUUGCAGCAGGUGGCUGAGUUGUUGGUGUGCCUACUUCUUAGCUACCUUCAGUCAGUACCAGUUUUGGCUCUGAUACUGUUGUUAACUGAAAGAUCAUAAGAUGUGCCUGCUCUGAAUCAGUCUCUCCUUCUCCAUAUGUAUUUCACAUAAUCGUCAAGAGUGGUUCUUAAAGAUGAAGGUUAAUAUAAAAUGGGGAAGCUCUCUUAGUCUGUUUCUAAUGACUGUAUCUCUCCCGCUCAUAAGUGACUUUGUUUAUAUUGUCAUAUUCAGUACCUAAUAUCUGCUUUCUUGGGCAUGUUGCUGUGUUGAUCACACAGGGUAUGAGGCAAAAACAAAGGAGGUAGAGUGACUUAUUCUGUUGGCACUUCUUUUGAUGAGCAUAUUUGUUUGAACAUCCAACUUUACAAAACUAUGGGGGAAGGGGGCAAAAGAUCUGUGAAACAUGACUAUCUGAAGACAUGUCCACAAAGGUUGGACUAGUAAUUAGCACAAUCUAUAUGGAGAAGCAGGAAAGUGUCAGAAAUUUCUUCCAGUUAAAGCUCGGUACUUCAUUCCCAAGCUGGAAGCUCAAGAGAAACUCUUGAAGAUUGUAAAAGACAUGGAAGUCACCUUGUGUUAUCACAAAUUUGAGAGCACAGCCUACCUGGCCUUACUAUUAUUUCAAUCUGUUACAUAUAGAAAUUGGGGAGGUGGCAGACAGUAGUGGGGCUGAAGACCUGCAGGUUGCAUGAAUUGGAGGACUAAUGUGGACUGGAUUCCAAUAGGAAUGAGCUAGAUUAUAAUCGUCUAUAUGUCAGCAUAAGGUAGUUGAGAUGGAUAUAUGGCUAGCCAAGCCCAGUGUCAAACUAGGACAAGACUUGCUUCUAGACCUAACCAUUUUACAAUUAAUCAUUGGCAAGAGUCUUAUUGUAAAAAAAGGCCAGACUGUGAUGUUGCAGGGCUCGGGUGGGUGAUGAAACAAAGAGCCUGCCAUGCUGCUGACAGGCUGGUCUGGUAGUCUACAGUUUCUAUAAUUCCAUUGUUUAAAAGCAAUCUUGCAAAACAACUUCAAGGCAGGCAGGCACAUCUAUCAUUUGCACUGAUGCCAAGUGCAUGUGCACUAAAUUGUACAGGAUUUCAGGGCUUGUGAAACCUUAAUGUUCUGGUACAAAAGUGUUUGCAGGCGGAAGAGUGUGUGUAUAAUUUGUAUACUUGAAUCUACCUACACGUUUACAUUUUUCAAUUCCUUUUGUAAAGGGUGCUAUUUCUGUAUUUAAAAAGCUGUAAUUUUUUUGUAAUGUAAAGCUGCUUCCAUUUAUAACACUGAACUGCUAGUUAUUAUCUUGGUACUAACUUUACCACUGCUUGAAAAUCUCCUUCACUGGUUAGAAAUUAAUUUUCUCCUGUCUAUGUUCUUUGCUCCACUCUGCAUAGAAUAUUAAGAGCACACACCAUUGUUGUGGGAAGGCAUUUUUUUAUACUUAGAAGAAUCCUACUCAUUGUAAAAUAAAAAAACCCUGUGUUGCU